AUGCUUCGGAAUGGUGUUCACCACUCGAACAAGAUUUCACUUGCCGAAUGUAUGGAAGAUAACAACGGUCGACUUCUUUAUCGAGGCAUGCUAUAUGUACCAGACGACAAUGACCUUCGACUAAGGCUUUUGAAAGAACAUCAUGAUAAACCAUCCGCAGGACAUCCGGGUAGAGCAAAGACAUUGGAACUUCUAAAUCGAAAAUAUUACUGGCCACAAAUGCGAAAAUAUGUCGACCAAUACAUUAGGAAUUGCAAUGUGUGUGCCCGUAGCAAGGUACCACGCAAUGCACCUUAUGGAGUACUCCGACCUAUGCCGAUACCUGAGGGACCGUGGAUGGAUAUAUCAAUGGAUUUUGUUACUGAUCUCCCUGAGAGCGAUGGAUACGAUGCAAUCUUGGUUGUGGUGGAUAGAUUAACCAAAAUGCGACAUCUAAUACCAACGACUAAAGAGGUAGAUUCAAAGGAAGUAGCAAGGCUAUAUAUCAAUAACGUUUGGAAGCUACAUGAAUUACCUGAUACUAUUGUAUCUGAUCGAGGAACACAGUUUGUUGCGGAAUUUUGGAAAUCGCUUUGUGAUCGGUUGGAAAUUGUGAGGGAUGCGUACCAGACCACAAGAGUACACUACGCAGAGCUCAGAGUUCGGCUAACCGCUACGAAGGUAGAAGUCUCCAAGGUCUCUUCAGUCAACGUCGAGUAUGAUUCUCCUUGA